AUGCUGGCGAUUGCCGAAGUUCUGCUCUUGCUCUUUUUCUUGCGCCUGCUCUCGCACUCUGGCUCCUGCCCCAUACAUCGUGAGGUGGGCAGGCUAAGUACCUCUGGGGCAUCUGGCGAUGAAGCGACAGAGCGUCUCGGGAAGUCGGUCCUUCCAGCGCUGUUUACACAGGCUUGGACCCAGUCCUUACGCAGCAGAAUAGACAGCCCAAAAACACACGCAUACACCGGGAGCUUUGGAAAGAAGUGGCCCAACCGUACCGAAUGCCAGGCCCCCGUUCAAUCCCUGUCCUAUCCGCCCAAACGUGAAAUCCACACCAGCCCGUCCAAGGGAUACAACAGUGCAAAUCCCCCCUUCCGGCGACGAGAAAACCCAACCUAA